AUGUCGUCUGUUGGAACAUCGAAAGGGAUUCUGGAAAUCGCCAAGUUCGGUUUCUACGUCGCUGUUCCAAUCGGGCUGAUGUAUACAUUCGCCAACAACAGCACCAAUAUCAAGAAAUUCAUGGGCAAUCGUUCGUAUGUUGUGUAUCCAGAAGAGGCACCUCGACCACAGUCACCGGAGGAGCUAAGAGAGAUGGCACGAGAGCUUGCCCGUAAGAAGAACAUUCCGCGAGUUGAUUGA